GCGCGCUGGCUCUGUGCACGCGCCGCCGUGGUUGGCAGAAAAGGAAGGCGGGCGGCAGCAGGAGGAUGAUUGAAGAGAGCAGUAAGAGGAGGAGGACGAUGGCUGAGAAGAGGCAGCUCUUCAUGGAAAUGAGGGCGCAGAAUUUCGAUGUGAUCAGACUCUCCACGUACCGGACGGCCUGUAAGCUCCGAUUCGUGCAGAAAAGGUGUAAUUUGCACCUCGUGGACAUCUGGAACAUGAUAGAAGCCUUCCGUGACAACGGCCUCAACACGCUGGAUCACAACACGGAGAUUAACGUCUCUCGGCUGGAGACCAUUAUCUCCUCCAUAUACUUCCAGCUGAACAAGCGCCUUCCGUCCAGCCACCAGAUCGGCGUGGAGCAGUCCAUCAGCCUGCUGCUCAACUUCAUGAUCGCCGCCUACGACAGUGAAGGCCACGGGAAGCUGACCGUGUUCUCUGUGAAAGCCAUCCUGGCCGCCAUGUGCGGGGGGAAGAUCCUGGACAAGCUGCGAUAUAUCUUCUCCCAGGUUUCAGACUCCGGGGGUCUCCUCGUGUACGCCAGGUUUGACCACUUCCUGCGGGAGGUCCUCAAGCUUCCCACCACUGUCUUCGAGGGACCCUCGUUUGGCUACACGGAGCACUCGGUGCGAACAUGCUUCCCGCCUCAGAAGAAGAUCACGUUAAACAUGUUUUUGGACACGGUGAUGGCCGACCCUCCCCCCCAGUGCCUUGUCUGGUUACCUCUCAUGCACAGACUCGCCCAUGUAGAAAAUGUCUUCCAUCCCGUGGAGUGCUCCUUUUGCCGGUGUGAGAGUAUGAUGGGCUUUCGCUAUCGCUGCCAGCAGUGCCACAACUACCAGCUCUGCCAGAACUGCUUUUGGCGAGGACACGCCAACGGCCCCCACAGCAACCAGCAUCAGAUGAAGGAGCAUUCGUCGUGGAAAUCCCCUGCAAAAAAGUUAACUCACGCAAUCAGUAAAUCUCUUGGCUGUGUCCCCAGCAGAGAGCCGCCUCACCCCGUGUUCCCCGAGCACCCCGAGAAGCCGCUGGACCUGGCGCAGAUAGUGUUCCCUAAUGGCGGCCGUGCAGCUGACGAGCAUGCGCUGAUAGCGGACUACGUGGCACAGCUACGCCACGACACACGCGUGCUGGACAGCCCGGGCAGACUGGACGAGGAGCACCGGCUGAUCGCCCGCUACGCGGCGCGGCUAGCGGCAGAAGCCGGGAAUUCGCCCCGACCGCCCGCCGAGCUCAGCUUCAAUUUUGAUGCCAACAAACAGCAGCGGCAGCUGAUCGCAGAACUGGAGAACAAGAACAGGGAGAUUCUGCAGGAGAUCCAGCGGCUGCGGCUGGAACAUGAAGAGGCUUCGCAGCCCACGCCGGAGAAAGCCCAGCAGAACCCCACGCUGCUCGCCGAGCUCCGCCUGCUGCGGCAGCGGAAGGAUGAGCUCGAGCAGAGAAUGUCAGCUCUUCAGGAGAGUCGGCGGGAACUCAUGGUACAGCUGGAGGGGCUGAUGAAGCUGCUGAAGGAGGAGGAGCAGAGGCAGGCAGUAAGUGCGAUCGCGCAUGUGGCAUGCACCGGCCAGCUUUAUUCCGUGUACACGGAGCAGAGUCAUGCGUGUCAUCAUAUAUUACUAUGAACAUGACCAGGCCAGGGGGACAAACUAAACACAUGCGCCAAAGCUCUGCGGUGUAACGAAACGCUCCUCGGAUUGGCUGAGAC